AGGACGUUGAAUAACCACAAUCCUGACAUAUCAAUGGGGUUACGUUAACAUCUAAUACGGUAUCAGCCGUUACAUUCGAACCAAGUACUUGGAUGCGCUGCUAAUCCUGAACACAAAGGUCAUGAAUUUGUAAGUCUAAAAACAAUUUACGCUGAAAAAUUCGAUCUAUGCUCCGAAAGAAUUUCAAGAAUUAAAGAACACCUGCUACCGAUUUCGAAUGCGCAACAAAGCAAAACAACUACAGAUUUGGGGAAAGUGAAGGAGAUCAUUACCAAUAUCAAAACGUCCAUUAUCGAGAAGGCGUCCGAAAUCAAGCAAAUCGUCAACACAACAGUGCUACAAAAUAUGGAGCAAUUGGACAAAAUUGAACAAAAUUUGUUGCAUGAUGUCGAAACUCAAGGUAAUGCUAUUGAUGCACAUGUCUUAUAUCUGAACGGCUUUGUUGAAAAGUAUGAAGCACACGUAUCUUCAAAAAAACUAUCAGAAUUUAUUUCAUUGUACAAAGAAACAAUGAAUAUAAGAGAUGUACCUGAAGCAGCCAAUCCCCAGCUUCCGGAGUAUAUUCCUGGUCACGCCGACAAGACAGAGAUCGCAAAUCUCUUGGGAUCUAUCAUUAUCCCGGGAAACGACAAUCCAAAGAUGUCAAAAAAGAAAACAGCAGAACGAAAAGCUUCUUUUGAUGGUAUGUCCUCUCCAAAACAAGGAAAACACACCGAAAAUGAUUUCAAAUUGUCGCGAUCGAACGAAGUAAUGUAUCGGUGUACUCUCAACAAAAGAAUCAAUGUGUCAAACAUUGAAAAUGUUCUACAUAUUUCCCUGGAAAAUGCCAACCAAAUGUGGGUGAGCGACUUAUGGGGUUCUCUAGUACAGAUUGAUACGGAAGGAAACGUGCUUAAGACUAUCAAAGCAAACUAUGGAGAACGUGGUUUUCAUACAGUAACAAAGAACGGAGACUUACUGUACACUGAUCAACAACUGAAAGUUAUUAACAUGGUCCAUGAUGGAGAGACAAUCCAAUUCACCAGCACUGGCAGUUGGACGCCUCUUAGUAUCCACUUCUCUCGUAUCAAUGGAGAGAUAUUGGUUGGCAUGAUGAAAGGCAACCAAGGAAAAAUCAUCAGAUAUUCAGAAGAAGGGACAAAAAUACACAGCAUUCAUAAGACGUACCUACACCAGAGUUUAUACGAACGUCCGAAUUACCUCACGGAAAGUGUCAAUGGAGAUAUCUGUACUUCAGAUAGCGCAAAGGAAGCUGUUAUUGUCGUGAAUAAGGCGGGAAAGUUUCGCUUUAACUACAAAGGUCAGAAACCAAAGUUUAUUCCUUAUGGAAUAUGCACUGAUAUUCACAGACACAUCAUGGUCUGUGACGGACACUGCAAAGAUGUCCACCUCUUGGAUCAGGAUGGUCAGUUCUUGUUUCUGAUUUUAAAUCAACAAGAACAUUGUCCGCAAGGACUUUGUGUGGAUGACGAUUACAGUCUCUUUGUUGGACAAGGUUCUAUCAACGAGGUAACUGUAUAUCAGUAUAAUAGAUGAUUUUGAAUUUCAACAAAAGAUUUCUUUGGAUAUUUGCGUUUUAAAAAAUAGAACUACCAUAAAGGACGCAUGGUUUUAUGUUUACCAGUAGAAUUUACCAAGGAAACCUGAUAAUGGGCAUCAUUACUAUCGAUCCUUGAUGUUUUCCGAAGACUAUUUCCAUGCGACUGUGUUUAGUAUAAAAAUCGGACUGACUUUAACUUUGUAGGGCAUGGAUGAACUGUCCGAUUAUGAAAUAUAAUUUACAACAAAUCACUCCAGAAGUUCGUUCUUUUAAUCAAUUUAAAGAAAAGAUAGAAUUAAUUUUGCCAUGAAUAAAAUUCUACUUCCUUAAUGCCUAACGAU